AUGGCAACUACUUUGGAUUCUUAUUUCGCUGUUCUUGCUGAGGAUAGUGGUGGAAAUGACUCUGCUGAUGGGAGAUUGACGAAAUAUUAUAGUGCAUCUUUGACUGGAUAUCAAUCGGGCAUGCUUUUUUUACGAAGAUCAGAGAAUAUGCAUUUUAGGUUGUAUCUCUCGUUUUCACUAUUACUUUCCUCAGUCGGAGAAGAUCCAGUCAAAAAAACGAUGAAUCAGAAAGGUUAUUCCACAAAUCAUUAUCGUAUACAAAAUCGACCAUCAAAGAAUUAA